UGUCUGGUUAAAUAAAGACUAGCUCAGCCAUGUGGAUGCGUCUGUUGAACAGCUGAAGGGGGAUACAGCCUACGGAGAGACGGAACGUGUAAUGUGUGCAUAUGAAAGGGGAGCGAGGAGGAGGAGGAGGGAGAGUGUGUGUGGAAAAAGGAAGCAGAGUCUGUGAACGAACGGAGAACUCACUGAUCCCCUGGAACCGGAGCACUCGAUACAAACAAUAUACUUUUUCUUUCUUUCAUACGCAACAUAUCAAGAAGCUACACCACCGCGAAAAAACCCCAGGGGAAACGGAGGCAACCGUGUGUUUUCGGGAACGGCUGCCUCGGAGAUUAGUACGUGAUUACACGAGCAAAAGUGAGCCCAGGCAGGGCCGUCUUUUGUUGAGGCAAGUGGUCGUUCGCCUGUGUAGCAGGCAGGCAGGCAGGCAGGCGAAGGAUAAAGUGUCUGCCUGAUUAUUGUUUCAAGCCUCUGGUUUCUUGGAUCUGGCCCAGGACACGGGGUUUUAUUCGACGGGGUCAUCCUUGGUGAGGAUUGAAGUAGUUUGUGGCGGUUACAUUGGAACUGUACAGUCAUCAGACUGGCGGCUUUUCCUGAAACACUGGGGUUGUUGGUGUGGCUGAAUUUUCCCUGGAUUUGAUUGGUCAAUUCAGAAGACUGAAGCCCAGGCUGACAGUCUACCUUUCACGGAGGCCCAGCCGUGAGAGGACUGAGGAAGGCACGUGGCGAAUCAUGACCGCGGACAAAGACAAGCCAGACAGGGAGAAGGACAGGGACAGAGACCGAGACAGGGAGAGGGACAGAGAGAGGGACAGAGACCGGGACAAGAGGGACAAAGCAUCCAGGGAGAGCGAGAGCUCACGACCACGCCGUAGCUGCACGCUGGAGGGCGGAGCUAAGAACUACGCGGAGAGUGAGGACGAGGAUAACGAGAACAGGGGAGGGGCCGGGGCAGUAGGCGGGGUCAACAUGGGGAUGGGGGAGGAGUCAGGGAAGAAGGGAAAGAAGAAGAUGAUCAAGAAGAAGUCGAGGUAUGAACGGAUGGAGAACGGAGAGAUCACUUCCUUCAUUACUGAAGACGAUGUUGUUUACAGACCAGGCGAUUGUGUAUAUAUGGAGAGCCGCAGGCCCAACACUCCCUACUUCAUAUGUAGCAUUCAGGAUUUUAAACUGAGUAAGCGAGACCAUCUGUUACUCAGUGUUAAAUGGUACUACCGUCAGUCAGAGGUCCCAGACUCAGUCUACCAACACCUGGUGCAGGAUCGCAACAAUGAUAACGAUUCUGGCCGGGAGCUAGUCAUCACAGACCCCGUGGUCAAGAGCAGAGAACUCUUCAUCUCCGACUAUGUGGACACAUACCAUGCUGCUGCCCUCAGGGGGAAGUGUAACAUUGCCCAUUUCUCCGACAUCUUUGCUGCCAGGGAGUUCAAAGCUCGCAUCGACUCCUUUUUCUACAUCCUGGGAUACAACCCAGAGACCAGGCGACUAAACAGCACACAAGGAGAGAUCAGAGUGGGGCCGAGUCACCAAGCCAAGCUUCCCGAGCUGCAGCCCUUCCCCUCCGAGGCCCCGGGGGGCCUGGGUCAGGCUGUGACAGAGAAUGAGGAGCUGGUGUGGAUGCCAGGGGUCAACGACUGUGACCUGCUCAUGUACCUCAGGGCUGCAAGGAGCAUGGCGGCCUUCGCUGGGAUGUGUGACGGCGGAUCUACAGAAGACGGUUGCCUAGCAGCCUCGCGAGACGACACCACACUCAACGCACUCAACACGCUUCACGAGAGCAGUUACGAUGCAGGCAAGGCCCUACAGCGCCUGGUCAAAAAGCCUGUUCCCAAACUCAUAGAGAAGUGCUGGUCAGAAGACGAAGUGAAGCGGUUCAUUAAAGGGCUCAGACAGUACGGCAAGAACUUCUUCAAGAUUCGUAAAGAGCUGCUACCCAACAAGGAAACGGGUGAGUUGAUAACCUUCUACUACUACUGGAAGAAGACUCCUGAGGCGGCGUCGUCCAGGGCCCACCGUAGACACCGUCGCCAGCCUGUGUUCCGGCGCAUCAAGACACGUACUGCCUCCACCCCCGUCAACAUCCCGUCUAGACCCCCCUCCUCAGAGUUCUUGGACCUGAGUUCAGCCAGUGAAGAUGACCUGGACAGUGAAGACAGUGAGCAGGAGCUGAAGGGUUACGCCUGCAGACACUGUUUCACCACCACCUCUAAGGACUGGCAUCACGGGGGCAGAGAGAACAUCUUGUUGUGUACAGACUGUCGUAUCCACUUUAAGAAGUACGGCGAGCUGCCCCCCAUCGAGAAGCCCGUGGACCCACCUCCGUUUAUGUUCAAACCCGUCAAAGAGGAUGAGGAUGGACUCAGCGGGAAACAUAGCAUGAAGACCAGACGCAACAGAGGAUCGAUGUCGACGCUCCGUAGUGGCCGGAAGAAGCAGACAGCCAGUCCUGAUGGACGAGCGUCUCCAACCAAUGAGGACCUGCGGUCUAGUGGCCGUACCUCCCCCUCUGCAGCCUCCACAGACAGCACUGACAGCAAGACAGACCCCAUGAAGAAACCCAGCAAGAAGAUUAAGGAGGAGUCUCCUAUGAAGAGUGCCAAACGCCAGAGAGAGAAGGGAGGAGCCUCAGACACAGAGGACACAGACAACAGGACAAGUGCCAAAAAGUCCAAGACCCAGGAGCUGGGUCGGUCCGACUCGCCGUCAGAAUGCGAGGGAGAGGGCGAAGGCGAGGGCGAGGGCGAGAGCUCCGAUGGGCACAGCGUCAACGAGGAGUGUAGCAGUGACGCUAAAGACAUCGACCAGGAUAACCGCAGCUCCUCGCCCUCCAUCCCCAGCCCCCGAGACGGGGAGAGUGACUCGGACUCCUCCGCCCAGCAGCAGCUGCUCCUACUGCAGAGACAAGAGAGAGAGAGGGAGAGAGAGGGGCAGUCACAGCACCCUCCGGUUAUCCAGUCCUGUCAGCCAGGGACCUCGGGUGGCCGUUCCACCACCCCUCCAUUACCUUCCACGUCCUCCUCAGCCCCCUCACUGGUCCCCCAGGUCCCACCCUCCUCCGCACCCCCCACUUCUCUUCCACUGCCUAUACCGCCUUCCAUGCCCCAACAGACCGGCCCCCUCUCUCUCAACCAAUCAGGGGCAUCCAUCCACCCACAGCGGCGGCCCUCCCCCUCGCCUCAUUCUCCGCAGCAGGGGUUGUCUCAGGUUCCACCCCCAGGACCGCCAGGCUCCACCCAGUCGCUACCGAGCACGUUCCACGGCCCGCUGCCCCACCCAUCAUCCAUGCCGCACCCACUACAAACUGGCCCCUCUCACCUGCCCCACCACCACUCCCUGCCCCCUCAGAGCUUCCCAUUGGGCCCCCAGUCUCAGGUCCCGCCCUCCCCGCUCCCUCUCAGUCAAUCGCAGCAGCCGUCUCACAGGGCCCACACGCCCCCCAGCCAAUCAUCGUCGUCCCAGGGUGGCUCGUCCAAUCAGCCGCACCGCGAGCAGCCCCUACACCCCGCCCCUUCCAUGUCCAUGCCCCACAUCAAGCCCCCUCCCACCACACCCAUCCCCCACAUGCCCAACCGCGACCCUCAGUCUCACAAACACGGGCCUCCACACCUCUCAGCGCCCCCUUCCCAGAUGCCCUCCAACCUGCCCCCUCCACCCGCCCUCAAGCCCCUUUCCUCCCUGUCCGCCCACCACCCUCCUCCUGCCCACCCUCCUCCCCUCCAGCUCAUGCCCCAGGGCCCAGGCCAGCAGCUCCAGCCUCCACCAGCCCAGCCCCCUGUCCUCACCCAGUCCCAGAAUCUCCCCCUUUCAGAGUGAGAGAGAGGCAGCCAGCAUCACCCUCCUCCUCUUCCCCUUUCUGGACCAUCACCGUCCUCCCACCCCAACACACCCCAAAGUCCCAUGUUCCCUCCUCACCCCUUCGCCCCUGUCCUGCCCCUCUCCUCCUCUGGCUGUCCUCCCCCCUCCUCAUCCUCCUGUCUACCAGCAGGCCUCCAGCCCCCCUCUUCCUCCAUCUCCAUGCCCCUCCCAGCCUCCAUCGGCUCCGCCUGCCCAGGUCCCUCCGUCCCACCUGUACACAUCAAGGAGGAACCUCUCGACGAAUCAGAGGAGCCCGAGAGCCCUCCGCCCCCUCCUCGGAGCCCCUCCCCCGAGCCUACCGUCGUCAACACGCCCAGCCAUGCCAGCCAAUCAGCACGGUUCUACAAGCACCUGGACCGUGGGUACAACACGUGUGCUAGAACAGACUUCUACUUUACUCCUCUGGCUGCUUCUAAACUGGCCAAGAAGAGAGAAGAGGCGCUGGAGCGGGUCAAGAGGGAGGCUGAGCAGAAAGCCCGGGAGGAGAAGGAGAGGGAGAAGGAACGAGAGAGAGAACGGGAAAGAGAGAAGGAACAGGAGAGAGCUGUGAAAGCCUCCAGUUCGUGUCACGACGGCCGUAUGGGUGACCCCCAGAUGGGUGGCUCCGCCCACAUGCGUCCUCCCUUCGAUGGCCCCCCUACCUCCAUCGCCGCGGUGCCCCCUUACAUCGGGCCCGACACGCCCGCCCUGCGCACCCUCAGCGAGUACGCCCGCCCCCACGUCAUGUCCCCGACCAAUAGGAACCACCCCUUCUUCGUCUCCCUCAACCCCAACGACCCCCUGAUGGCCUAUCACAUGCCUGGCCUCUACAACGCCGACCCGGGCAUGCGGGAGCGCGAGCUGCGAGAGCGGGAGAUGAGGGAGAGAGAGAUGAGGGAGAGGGAGCUGAGAGAGCGGAUGAAGCCUGGGUUCGAACACAAACCCCCAGAACUAGAAGGCAUGCACCCCUCGGCGAACCCCAUGGAGCACUUCGCCCGACACGGGGCCAUCUCCUUACCUUCCAUGGCGGGACCACACCCCUUCGCUUCCUUCCACCCAGGUCUCAACCCCUUGGAGAGGGAGCGUUUGGCGUUGGCCGCGGGACCCCAGCUCAGACCAGACAUGAGCUACCCGGAGCGGCUGGCGGCGGAGAGGCUGCACGCCGAGAGGAUGGCGGCGGUGGCCAACGACCCGAUCGCCAGGCUUCAGAUGUUCAACAUCACGCCUCAUCACCACCAGCACUCCCACAUCCACUCACACCUGCACCUUCACCAGCAGGACUCCCUGCACCAAGGCGGUGGUGAAUGUCUUGUGUGCCCUCCAGGUUCGGGGGGGCACCCCCUCGUAGACCCCCUGGCAGGAGGCCCCCACCUCGCCCGCUUCCCCUACCCGCCCGGCGCAAUCCCCAACCCCCUCCUGGGACAGAACCCACACGAACAUGAGAUGCUGCGACACCCGGUCUUCGGUACUCCGUACCCCCGGGACCUUCCUCCCCAGAUGUCCGCAGCCCACCAGCUCCAGGCCAUGCAUGCCCAGUCUGCAGAGCUGCAGCGGCUAGCUAUGGAACAGCAGUGGCUGCAUGGACAUCACCACAUGCACGGUGGCCCACUUCCUGGCCAAGAGGACUAUUACAGCCGGCUGAAGAAGGAAAGCGACAAGCAACUGUAACCGACCAAUGGGGACGCAGGAAGUUGCCUAGGACACAGGAACAGGACGUAGUUACAGAGCGGUCUGUCAGUCAGAGGAACUCGAUCUCCGCUCCUCCAAACAUUUCCCGUUACGAAGAACAACAAAAACUGAAGAAGAAAAAAAAGAGGAGGAUUUUUCUGUCGUCUGUUUUUCCUUCCUUGUCCAUGGGUUGUUUUUUUAUUUUUCGUUUUUUUUUUAAGAACAUUGAGAGACUUUGUUUGGUGUAACUAUAGCCUUAGUAGUGGCACCGACUUCAAGACUGAUUGUGACUUUCCUGCAUGAAACCUCCUCUAAAGCUUCCACAACGUGUUUGUAGGUAACACACGUUCACUGUGCUAGUCGAUGGAAAGGAAACCAGGCAGAGAAAACACGUUCCAGACAUUAUAUCCACGGAAAGAUUCAAAACAAAGUGCUAUUGUUAUUUUAAUACCUAAUUGGAGGUUUUUAUAAUUUGAACGAAAAGCUGCAGCAUGGCAUUUUUUGAGUCUGUAAAUAGUAUAUAUAUAUAUAUAUAUAUAUAUAUAUACAUAUAAUUAUUAUUAUUAUAAUUGUUACUAGGUGUGGACUCUGAACCAAGUCAUUUAUAAACCUCCAAUAUGUUAUUGUGUUCUGAAGCAUUAUGCCUUGUUUUAACGGGGGGGAUGACAUUACUAGAAAAGCCAAAGGGUACAAUGAUGGUCCCAGUCCCGUGGUGUGGGGUACCUCAGAGAGCUGUUAUAGCCCCAGACUCUCACAGCGAUAUGGUCCCAGUCCUGUGGUGUGGGGUACCUCAGAGAGCUGUUAAAGCCCCAGAC